AAGCCGACAGCUGAGCCGACCCAACCCUGGUUGCAAAUCGGAAUUCAACGCGUCCGAAAUAUCGUUAAUCAAACAUUCAUGAAUCCGCUUCUCUCUCGCCGCGCAUAGUUCGCGACUCUCCAUGCCCUUCGUUCUCCUCUCUACUCCGCUUCAUGCUCUCCUCUGCUUAUUAGUCUCAUCUCUACGACUCUUUGCCUCUACCUCGAUUGCCCCCAUAUUCUUCUACGCCGUUUGCUUAAAUUCGCCCUAAACUUGAAUGAUCAGUAGAAAGCUUGCUUUGGAGUGUGAAUCUUCCGGCACUUGCAAGAUCUAAGAUCUUACCUCUGCUGAGGAGAUCUCUCCCGUUCGGAUUUACGCUGCGGAUGUACAUAUCUCUCUAACAGCUUCUUCUUGGCUGCCUGGGUGUUUUCCAUGGAUCAUGGUCUUUCUGACAGCAGCGGGACUGAUGAUGAUCUUCCGCCACCACAUCAGAAUAGGGGUACAAGAGGACGUAUUGCAGUGAAUGGAAGAACCGGUGUUGCCCUUCCCUAUGCCAGGCCCCAGCUUGAUAUGGAGACUCAGAUACAUCAGUUGGAGCAGGAAGCGUACAGUUCAGUUCUCCGGGCGUUUAAAGCUCAAUCAGAUUUGCUUACCUGGGAAAAGGAAACUUUAAUAACUGAACUAAGAACAGAGUUAAAAGUAUCUGAUAUGGAGCACAGAGAACUAUUGAGCAUGGUUAAUGCAGAUGAUCUUAUUAGGAGAAUAAGGGAGUGGAGGCAGGCAGGAGGGAGGCAACCUGGUUUGAUGAAUCAUUCACAGCCUGUUCCUGAUUCGCUGCCUAGUCCGAGUGUUUCCGGGUCUCGCAAGAGGAAAAAUACAUCUCAGUCUAUACCUUCUUUGCCUAUCAAUGUGCCAUCACCUGCAAUGCAUUCCCAACCAGUUGCUGCUUCCAUGCCACCAUCAGUAACUGCUGUAAAACAUGGACUUUCCGGAACGAAGGGCAAGCAGCCUAAACCAAUUCCCUUCACAGGUCAGAGUGAAAGGGGCCAUCUCACAAAUAGGGGUGUUCCUGGUGUCAUUACGGGAAAUGAGCAGCUGGAGACGGGUCCCCAAGAUCCCCUGGUUGGGCGAAAAGUAAUGACUCGGUGGCCUGAAGACAAUAACUUCUAUGAGGCUGUUAUUACCGACUAUGAUAAACAGAAGGGGCUUCAUGUUCUUGUAUAUGAUAUUAACACAAACAACGAGACGUGGGAAUGGGUCAAUCUCAAAGAGAUCUCUCCUGAGGAUAUCAGAUGGGAGGGUGAGGAUCCCAGUUUCCAGAGUCGAGGAGUUCGUGGUGGUGGAGCUGGUCGAGGAGGGGGGAUCAAGAAGGCUCCAAGUCGUAACAGUGUAAUUCGACCGGGCUUGGGUAGGGGAAGAGGGCCUUUAAAACAUCAGUCCAAGAAGGACCUAAGAUUAUCACAAAAUGGAAUUGGGAAGAGAGGUUCUGGUGACAUUGAGAUACUAAACACAGAAAGCCUACUAAAAGAGGUGGAGAGAAUUUUUAGUGCAAGUCAUUCGGAUCCCGUAGAAGUUGAGAAGGCAAAGAAAGUGCUCAAGGAACAUGAACAAGCACUCAUUGAUGCAAUCGCUAGGCUUGCUGAUGCAUCUGAUGGAGAAAGUGCGGAUUGCGACCAGUCCUUUCCCUGAAAAGCAGAAGGCAGAGGAGGGACAAACAAUGCAAAUCCUCAUCAACCAAAAUGAGAAAACUGGGAGCAUAUUGUUGGUUCAUACUUCAACAAGGAUUGUUUUUAGCGAUGGCUCUGAUAGUUUUUAACAGUAUUAGUUUUUAAUGGAGGCUGUUAGCAUGUAAUAUAUUUUAGCCUCUUCUUGUCCGAUGCUUUGAAAUUAUUUCUCUUAUUUUGCUAACAAUGUAAAUUCUCUUGGUUUAUGUUAGCAAUGCAUGAACCAUGUGCUCUGUUCCAUUCUAUUUUAAA